AUGCCAGCCACGUUAGUUCAUGACGUACUCUUAGAGCUCAUUGAACAUCUUCAUGAUGACCCCCAUUCUCUCUAUUGUUGGGUACAGACUAGUCGCUUUUGGCGUACACGUAUUACUCCUAUUUUAUGGAGAAUGCCAUUUAUCCACUUGCAUCAGCUAAAGUACAAGGAAUCGUCUUGUAGAGCAUUGAUUCGAACUUAUGUCUCUUGUCUCACUCGUACCCAAAGAAAACAUUAUAUCAAGAGAAACAUUCUAUCACAAAACGAAGCUUUGCCCACCGUGAACUAUGGUCAAUACAUUGAUAGACUUGAUGAUCAUAUAAUAGUUGGAGUUCUUGUCGGGACUGGGUGGUUUUCGUCGUAUGCAAGUAGACUUAACAUAUUCGAUGCGUUGCUCAAACUGUUUGUGACCAGUUCACAACGGUUAACCCACAUUUCGCUCACAGAAUCCUAUGUUAACCCAUGGAGAAGUUGCUUCUUUCCUCGCACUCUCAUUUCUCUCAAAUUGAAUAUCUCCACAUACUUUUAUCAGCUCGCAAUGAAAACAAUCAGACUUCAACAAGCAUUGGAAGAACUCACUCUGUUGCAUGGUCGAGGAGACAUUCUGCAGUUGUAUUACGAUUUUGUGGAACCACAAAAGGAGAGCUUAAAGAAGAUUACUUUUAUCGAAUGUGCCAUAUCCGAUGCAUAUAUAUCACACGCAGAGUUUAAUAAAAAGGUACCACCCAAAUUGACGGAAUUGAGAUUCGAGCAAUGCUCGGAAUUGGAUGUUGAGGUUCUUGAACAUAUGUUAUCUGGAAGAAUGGAAUUGAAUGAAGAAGAUGGGAAUGUGUUUGUGUUCUUAGGCCAUUAG